CUGCGCUGCGGGAUGCGGGUUUGUGAUUAUGGUCUGCAUUAGAUAUACAGAGGAGUUACUUCGAGUAAUUUCUUAGAGGUGUUGCGCGUCGGUUUCAUAAUUGCCUUUACAUUCUUCCUUUUGUCAUUUGAUUUUUGCCUGUCUCAAAAGAGAGCAACGAUUGGAAACCCGCGGAGAACCCUAAACAAUGUCCGAACAGACUGUAUCAACACCAGCGUCCAAACCACCCGGGAGUCCUGUUCCGCCAACAAGUGCUACAGAUGCCUCCGGUUCUCAGGAGCUCGCUGCCGCCGUCGAUGACCUCUUAGAUCAGCUACAGCAUAAAUUCGAUAAUGUGUCGAGUGAGAUCUUUGGAAAACUUGACGAUAUGGCGCGACGACUUGACGAGCUGGAAGCUUCCUUGACGGUUGCGAGCGAUACAACAACAGCGAAGUGAGGGGUAGCGGUGCCAUCAUGGCGGAAUAUAAUUAUGGAAGUCUCGAGAGGCUUUGCGCUCUUUGUGAGGAUCUAGUGGCGUUCAAUGGUGUUUUUGGUCGAUAAGCUGCGUUGGGUUGGAUACCACUAUUUGAUGUUAUUGCUGCAUUACGUCGUUCGCAUUCGCAUACUGCCGAUUACACUAUGCUUAUGGCAAGAGUUUCUUAUACCUGUCUGGGGAAUUUGAUUUUUUGCCCUUCGGAUUGAUCAUGAGACAAUGGUUGAUUCGGAGAAAUAAUAUGCCAGAUCAAUGCCUCCCUGGGGCCAUUGGCCCCCGAGAUAUGGUUGCCGGUAUGCCCUCUAUAUUUAGCUAAUCUCACAUGACUUGUCGACUACCGACAAGCUUUCAUACAUUAAAAGUCUAAGACCAAAUCAAUCAAGUACCCGCCGGGUAUAUACUUGAUCCAA